GUUUGUUCAGAGAGUUAGAUUUUGCAGUGCAUUCAGGUAUCGGAACGACACCAGGGAGAACGUAUCACGGUGUCGUGACUGCUUACCCGAAGAAGAUUCAGACUGGACAUGAUGAAGAAAGUGGAAGUGCAAGCCCUUGUUCAGAGGUAGAAGUACAAGUAGUGCAGAAGGAGGUAGCUUUACCUGUGCCACGGAGUAAGCGUUUAUUGCGGACGGUUGAGGAUGUUAAAGAGCGGUGUAGGCGAAUGCAGAAACAAGCAAAGGAAAACAAGCUUAAAACUUCGUUUACUUUCCCUGGCCGUGGAGGUAGUGGCAGUACCUCUACUUUCUUGAAAGUCCCUGGCGGCCAACACGACCAUCAACUACAGACUGAACAUCAAGGUCGUAAUAUUCUUGGAUUUGCGGUUCCUUCAACACCACCAAGCAAGAAAAGAUGCACGACGCCCACAACUGUUCUUAGCAAGGCGACCACCACGGAGAAUUCUCCAAGUAGAACUACCACAACAAGAACUUCCUGCUCAAGAUCAAGAACAGCACCUCUUCAAGUUUCAUCUAGCUCUACUCCCUUUUCGACUUCUUGCUCACCACAUUCAUGCAGCUCGAUGGAGGAGGAAGACGAGCCUUCGUUCCAGUCUUCUAGAAACAGUAAAGUUUCCGUGUCCUCUUCUCGAAACAGCAUUCCCGCAACGAGAGCCGGAUGGAAUGAUGACGAUAUCAGAGACGUAUUGAACGACUUGCAAGCUGGAUCUGCACAAUCUCCCUAUGUAUUUCUGGAAUUGAAGUUUAACAAGAAACUAAGCAGCGAUAUUAUUUAUAGUACAAGAAGUCGUCCAACACGAGCACCAAGAACUACAGGAGAGGAUACUACAACGGGAAAGACAAACGGUGCUGGUGGAAACAAAGAAGCAACGAAACGAGAAGAGGCUUCAUCAACCCUGAGACUGACGAAUUGGCAUUCCCCACAACAAAUCUUUUGGAAGACAAAAAGCGGGAACCCAAUUGGAGCGCUCUUACAGACUUUGCACAUGGUUACUUUUUUGGAGAGUCUAGAAAAUUUCGUCAGUGAGUCCAAGAAGCGAGACGAGGACCAUGAAGAAGAUCAUUUGUUGAAGAGGAGGCGAGUAGAUCUCGAAGAUGAUCAGUCCCAGUCAUCAUGCAGGAGCCUCCAGGCUAUUGACACCCCUCUCGGCGCGCUCCAGGACGAUAGCGAUAUUAACCCACCACCACCACCUCUUGCUCUCGUAGCAGAUUGGAACGCCAAUGUAGGAAGCCCAGCAUUCGCUUUGCUCUUAAACGGAGGCAACCUCGACGAUCCGGGUGUGACGGAACAUUUCGGGACUGGUUGUAUGUGUCCCCAGAUGUUUUUGCAGGAACUAGUUGUACCUGCGACGUCUUCAGAGCCAACUACAGGAGAGUCAGAAACUUCUAAGAACCUCAACAUACCAGGUGUCAUUGAUGUAGAGUCGGAAACUAAGGGGAAGGUGAAGAACCUAAUCUUGAAGAAAAACCUUCCGAAGCACAGCUACCAGGAGGUCCAUGGAUCGAAGCCGGAGAUUACGACGUUUACACAGUCUUUCCAAGGAGCUUUGGAUCAUAUUCUUGUGGGUGGAGCGAAAAUCGAAGAUGCGAGACGUAUGCCAAAGAUGGAUGAAGUUUGUGAACGGACGAGGCAUGAGAACGAGCCAGAUGAAAAUAUUGGAGGAAAGAGACCUGCGGCGCACUCCUACACAACGCAGAGGACUUCAACAUCACAAUGCUGGACAGAGAAUCUGCUCUCUAUAAAUGACCCAAAUGAUCAUCUCAAAAGGAGCAAACAGGACUGCUCUACUGGAGGCGUUUUUGAGGAUACUGGUGGCGGACUCCCAUCAUUGGCAUAUCCUAGUGACCAUAUACUCCAGCGCACAGAUAUUUUGCUACCUCUGGGCUAGGUGGGGAUUCACGAUGUUGAAUCUCGAUACUAUAAGUGUGAAGCUACAAAUCCCGAACUCCUCCCAUAGCCAUCAUGAUGAUAUCUACAUCUGCUGGGAGUAGCUCCUGACCAAACAGUACUUCUCAAGCGACCAUAUUGUAUAUAGCGCUAGUAAGC